UGCUGCGAUGGCCGGUGGCUUCUUUUUGUAAUGACCCAGGGUGACACUUCAAUAUGUUUAUGUUCGACUUCCUUGCUGAAAUGUUGCGAGGCGGAUUAUUGGCUUCUUUAUCUCGAGCCUAAUUUACCUCAAUAUUUUACCGUUUUUUCACAGUGUGCGGCAAUUGUGGCGCAAACGUGCACGGGUUUGUAGACUAGUACGCGUGCUUGAACAUGCGUGCGUCCCAUGGCAUGAUGGUGCAGCAGAGAUACGCCGACCGUGUGUGUGUUCGACCACCACCAGUGUGUGUCUGAAACCCCCUCGCGCUUCAUACUGCUUAUUAUUUGCUGUCCGGUGCACUGCAUGUCUCGUGUCGUCGGUGGCUGUAAGCGAGUGGCGCGUAAUCUGUGUGGCGGAGACUGAGUUACAAACAAAGUUAGUGUGAAAUAAAAGCUCCGAUUGUAAUUAAUUGCUUUUUUAGUCUCCAUGAAUCGUCAGCACCUACGUUUCGAAAGUGGGAAAACACUUUGUUGAGCUGCUGCUUACUGUAAGCUAGUUUGUGCUUAUUAUUAUCAGUCAAUAGCUGUAAUUUGUGGAAUAUAUAUAUAUUUUUUUAAUAUACAUUUGAGUUAACUGAGAAUUUUCACACAAAACCAACCAACCAGUAUUUGACAAAAAAAUGUCAAAUAUUUCUAAUGUCAAACGUUUCUAAUAUUUGUUGGUGGGGCGAGCGCCAGUUGCGUUUCCCCGCUCAGCCGAUAGGUGUCAGUAAAACACAGCAGUGUGCAACCACAGUAGUUCAACUUCCUUCCACAGUGUUUACAACUUGUGUUUUGGUGUUUAUGAGUCUAAAUGAUUAAUAACAAGAUAGUUUUUAGCUAAGGUGACGGAACACUCAUUCCAGGUUACGAACGCUUGAGUUACAUAUUUCCUAAUAUGUGAGUUGGUGAUUCUGAUAGCGCCAGUUUAACAAGGGUGUGUGGUUGUGGACAUCAGUGUGGAGAUAAUUAAGAAAAUGACCAUCAGAUGAGGAGCGAAGCACCUUUAAUAUGAGUCAGUCACCAGUUGGGACUGAGCAGAAAUUUGUACAGACAUUCUUUAAAAGUUAUUUUCAGUAUUUUUAAAUUAAUUCUUACACUGCGGCACCUUGAAGAUUUACAUAGCAUUUUUAACAUUAUGAUAAUUAUUUGAUAUUUCUAGAGAUCCCAGUUUGAAAGUAAAUCAAGGGCCAUCUGUAAUAUUAACCUUUCAUUGAUUGUGACUUGUAAUAAAAGUGACUUUGGAGUUAUGAACAAAAAUUCCAGACUUCUGUUCCCAUUUGUGUUCGUAAAUUGAGGAGCCAGAGAAAUUAUAAAUAAAUCUGAUAUGAGUAUGGCUGCUUUUACAGCACGGAUUUGUCUAUUAAACAUCAGGUGUUUAUUGCAGCGAGCGAAGCCCUCGUCUUCGGCAUCGGUGUGGCGGAAGUCGGCGCAUACCGUUCUUGUUCAGGUGCCCGUGGUGGGGCUGUUGUGCUGGAGCUCCAGGGGAGGCCAUUUCGCCACUUGUCAGGAGGCCCCACUCACACGGCAUGGACAGGAGAGGAGGUCUCUGGCAAAGAUUCAGGUCCAUCGGGUGGUAUUUGCCGCGCGCAUCGCCUUCCGUGCCCUGGUGCUGGUGCUCAAGUUCGGGCCCCUCUUUCUGCUGUACCCGCUGUGCUUGCUGUCUCGGCAGCUGCGCUGUCGCUGGCUUGACGCCUUGCUGUGGGUGACCGAGACCUCGGGACCCACCUUCAUAAAACUGGGCCAGUGGGCCAGCACCCGCCGCGACAUCUUCUCCCCUGAGUUCUGCGACCGCUUCUCCCGGCUGCACGUGCAGGUGCGGCCGCACCCAUGGGCACACACUAAGCAGACGCUGCGCAGGGCUUUCGGGGAUGGCUGGAAGCGCCUGUUCCUUUUCCCGAGCCGGGAGCCCGUGGGCUCAGGCUGCGUGGCACAGGUCUACAGGGCCGUGGCCAGAGUGGACCGCGUGGAGGACCUUGCCUUCCGCCAGCGGCUGGGCGAGCUGGACAGGCAGGACCUCCUGGAGGCCUGGGAGAUUCCUGGACUUGGUGGAGUCCUGGAGUUCAUGUGGGGCCGGGGACAGGCAGGGGGUGAUGUGGAUGUGUCCCGAGAAGAGGGGGCUGAAGGUCCACAGGAAACGCAGGAGCCGUCCCAGCCACCAGGGUCGGAGCACCUCAUACCUGUUGCCAUUAAGGUGCUCCACCCGGGGAUCAAGUGGCAGGUAAAGGUGGACCUGCUCCUCAUGCGGUUGGCCAGCCAGCUGCUCACCUGGCUGCCGGGCCUGAAGUGGCUCAGUUUACCAGAAAUCGUGGACGAGUUUGAGAAGCUCAUGACCAGACAGAUAGACCUCCGGUACGAGGCCCAGAACUUUGAAAGGUUCCUGGUUAAUUUUCAAAAUGUGGAUUUUGUGAAGUUUCCAACUCCACUUCGACCGUUUGUCACAAGGGAUAUUUUGGUGGAAACAUAUGAGGAGAGUGAGCCCAUUUCCAGGUUCCUCAGUAAAGACAUUCCGGAAGAAGUGAAGCAGAGGAUCGCGCGGAUGGGUGUGGACACACUCCUGAAAAUGGUUUUUGUGGAUAAUUUUGUCCACGGGGACCUGCACCCAGGGAACAUCCUGGUGCAGGGGGGUUUCAGUGACCCCUCCCUGGGCACGGCCACACUGACUGACAUGUGCGACACGGUGGUGGUGAGCAUGAGACCCAGCGUUUCACCCGCGCGCCUGGUCCUGCUGGACGCUGGGAUCGUGGCACGGCUCAGCGAAGACGACCUGCGUAACUUCCGGGCUGUGUUCAUGGCUGUGGUGCUGCAGCAGGGCGAGAGGGUGGCGGAGCUGAUUCUCAAGCAUGCCCGGGCAAGCGAGUGCGGCAACGUGGCCGGGUUCAAGAAGGACAUGGCGCAGCUGGUGAACGAGGCCCUCAGCAACCCUGUGUCCCUGGGAAAGGUGCAGGUCGGCGAUCUGCUUUCAAGAGUCUUUAAGCUGCUGAUCACUCACAAGGUGAAGCUGGAGAGCAACUUUGCAUCCAUCGUGUUUGCCAUCAUGGUGCUGGAGGGUCUCGGGAGGUCCCUGGACCCCAACCUCGACAUCCUGGAGAUCGCCAAACCGCUGCUCCUGAAAAACUCUGCUUCCCUACUCUGAUGUCUUUGCUUUUAAAACUCUGAGACCCACAGGGAAUUUCUGGUUUAUCAUUAACAAAAUAAUCGUACGGAUUUUAGCCUUUUACUAGACUUAAGUCCAGUUUAGUCACUGAGUCAUUAGUCAAGAACUUCUUGUAAACUGCAUUUGAGACUAAGACAAAGCUGUGAAGCUCAUUUUGCUGAGCGGGACCGAAUAGGAUGCAUGGUGCCUGCGGCAGGUCGAUUUUAUGGAUCGUAUGUGCAUAACAACAGCGAUAGAUAAUGAAGAGCAGAGUGUGUAAACGCUGUUCACAGCCAUUGUGGGUUGUGAAGACCAUACUGACCUGUACUCCUGUAGUGCUGUGUAUAAAUUCACUGCUAUGUUUGGACCCC